AGGGAUAGGAAGCUGCAUCUUAUCCCUGCUUCUCUCUGCUGAUUGAAACCGCAGGGGAACAGCACAUGCAGGCAGAGACAGCCUACAGAUCAGGUAAGUGAGGGAUGGGGGGGCAGAGACAGCCUACAGAUCAGGGGAGUGAGGGAUGGAGGGGCAGAGACAGCCUACAGAUCAGGUAAGUGAGGGAUGGGGGGGCAGAGACAGCCUACAGAUCAGGGGUGUGAGAGGAUCAGGGGAGGGAUGGGGGAGGGUUUGGAGAGGGGCAACAGCCUAUGAUUUGGGCAUCAGCCCAGUUAGGGAUUUGGGGAGGUGCAGCAGCCCAUAGAUUUGGGGCAGCAGCCCAUAGAUUUUUGGGGCAGUAGGAUAGAUUUGGGUGGGGCAGCAGCCUAUAGAUUUGGGGAGGGGCAGCAGCCCAUAGAUUUUGCAGCAGCCUAUAGAUUUAGAUAUAUAGAAAUGAACAGGAAGGGUCAGCAAGGAGCUGGAAGGUAAAGCAGCACAAAGGUAAAGUAGAAGGAGCAGAAAGGGUCAGAAAUGAGCUGGAAGGGGCAGAAGGAGCACAAAGGUAAAGUAGGAGAAUGAGCAGGAAGGGCCUGCAAGGAGCAGGAAGGAGCACAAAGGUAAAGAAGCAGAAAGAAUCAGAAGGAGCACAAAGGUAAAGUAGGAGAAAGAGCAGAAAGGGACAGCAAGGAGCACAAAGGUAAAGUAGAAAAGGGAGCAGAAAGGGUCUGCAAGGAGCAGAAAGGGAUCAGAAUGAGAAAGGAGCAGAAGGGCGCAAAAUAAGCAGAAAGUAGCAGAAAGGUAAAAGAGCAGAAGGGGCCAAGGAUAGAAAACAGUGUCAGAAGAAAAAAAAAGACUGUCAAAUGAAGGAGAGGAAAAGGAGAUUGGAGCAGGAAGGACAAAUGAAGUGAACCCUCCACUUUAUUCUGGACACCACAUCAUAAGGCUUUGGUACCUGGGCCAGGCAGGGAAACGCUGGACCUUCUCAUCUCCAAAGGUAAAAAAAUAUCGGUGUUAAUGUGUUCACUUUUAUUUACUGAGUGUCAGGAAGCACAGAGUGCCGUUGGGUAGGGGUGUUGCUGAUUGGCUAGAGCGGUCAGCUGGCACUCUAAGCCAAUCAGUAGCUCCCCAUUCAUAAAAAAGUAAAAAUAUUUUAUGAACCGGGAACUAGCGAUUGGCUUAGAGCGUCAACUGUCCACUCUAGUCAAUCAGCGGCACCCAUGCCUGACGUCAAUCUACACUUCUUGACACUCUGUUUCAGAAGCCAAAUACCACUGAGCGACCUGGAGCUGGAGGAAGCCUUUGGGUUAAACCAUUUGAGAGCGAUUUAACCCCUUAAAGGAAAGCAAGCACCCAGGGGCUUCCUGGCAUCAUAGCAUUUUCAUUUAGGUGAAGUUGUUAUGGUGACCAGAAAUGUCCUUUAAUUUGCUUAAAGGAACACUAUAGUGUCAGGAAUACAAACAUAUAUUCCUGACACCAUAGUUGUGAAAACGCUAGUCACCCUGGCUUUAUGUGAUAAUGGCUAUGCCCCUUCCCUUUCAUGACACCGUCAAAAAGGUACCAAGCAUGGAUGUCAUUACAAUUAUGCCCCCCCCUGGAAAAAUUCCUGCGGACGCCCAUGCAGAGCAUGAUGACAUUUUCUUAAAUUAGAGGGGUAAAGGUUUAAAAAUAAUAUCAGGAAGUAUUAUUUUACUGAGAGGGUAGUGGAUGCAUGGAAUUGCCUUCUAGCUGAAGUGGUAGAGGUUAACACAGUGAAGGAGUUUAAGUAUGCGUGGGAUAGGCAUAAGGCUAUCCUAGCUAUAAGAUAAUGCCAGGGACUAAUGAAACUAUUUAGAAAAUUGGGCUGACAAGAUGGGCCGAAUGGUUCUUAUCUGCCGUCAUAUUCUAUGUUUCUAUGUUUAACCUUUGCAUAGAUAGAAAGUAGUAAGGUAUCUCCUUCUGGCCAUGCAAUCUAGUAAUUCAUUUACCCGGGGAAUCGGCUAGGCGUCCGACACUGUUUUCUUAUUUAGCCUCUGGUAGUCUACACAGAAGCGGGUUGCUCUGUCCUGCUUUGGUACUAGUACUACCGGAGAAGCCCAUUAAUUAAUCUCCUUUCUCAUUCCUUCUCUGAUCGCCUCUGGGAUUCUGUAAGGAGGUUGUCUAAGGGGUUCCUAGUCCAGGGUUUCUACCUGGUGUUCGGCUAAUCUGGUGUAGCCUGGGUUGGAGAAGGUGGUUCUCUUAGCUGCAAGAACUGUUGUACUUGAUAACGCUUCUGAGCCCCUCACCUGUCUCCCAGCUGUACCUCGUCUGUCCAGUCGCCUUCUUCCAGGAGAUCUGGCAAGGGAAGAUUAUCAAAAUCUUCAGAAGCAGGGACGCAUAUGGCCACUGCUUCUUCCGCUCGCUCCUGGUAGGGUAUGUUCACAUGAAUCAUGCGCCAAGCCCUGUUUCCAGAGCAUGGGGCUAUAACAUAGGUGGUGUCACAUCGCUAUUCCACCACCUGGUAAGGACAUGUUUGACUGGCUUAAGCACAAGGACUUUCUGACUAACCUGAAAGCUACUGUCCCUGGCUCCCCUGUCUUACCAGAUGUGCUGGCGCUCCUUGGCAGCCCAGAGGUUUCCUUUCACUAACCAGGUAAACUUCUCCAAAUGGUCCAAAAGCUCUGUGAAGAUCUCCUCUCUUCCCUAACCUUUGGCAGGUAUCACAGGUUUGGCAGUAUUGCCGAAUGUCCUUUGAUAUACCCGGCCGAAAGAAAUUCUGUGUCAACCUAUACUUAGUGUGCCUUACUCCCAAGUGAUCGGAUAGGGGAAUAUCAUGGGCUAUCCGGAGCAGCUCUCUGCAGUAUUUCUGGGGUAUCAUUAACUGUUUGUUGCGGGUUGGGACUGAUCAAGCAACAAGAUUCUCUGUUAUUCUGUAUAAUAGUCCCUUGCACCAUAUGAAGCUAUUUCCCCUAGUAACCCCUGACUAUUAACCACUCUGUCUCUGUACACCUGGAGAGAAGGGUCUGCUUCCACCUCUCUCUCAAACUCGGCUGGGGUAUCCCAGUAAAGGGGGGCUUCUGUCAUGGUCUGGGUCAGGGGCAAACCUGACCCUACCUGCUUCUGGUGCCUCGUGGUGAUCGGAUAGGUUUCACCUGUGGGGGCAGCAGUAAAUGUGGAGGUGAGUUGGCCGAGAUCAUUUCCACAUAAGAACCAGUAAGAGCUGGUACAACUCUCAUUAAUACAACUUCGACUAAUCAGGCUCCCUAGUUGAGAUGAACCCAGGCGGUUGGUAGCCUGUGAAGGCUCCUCCUGCUACUCUAACAGCUACGAGUUUCCUGUUUUUUCAGAUACGGGGACUAGAUGGCUUUAAAUCAGUGUAAAGGUGGCCCCAGUAUCUCUGAGUACUUGUGUUUCCUUGCCGUUAAGCCAUACUGGUUGUCGGUGGUGCUGACGAUUAUCGGCCACUGCUUGAAUGGGGUUAGCCUCGUGAAGAGUCCCCCAUGUUUCUUCUUCCGGGUUUGGCUCAGUAUGAUAGUAGUGGGCAGCGGCCAAAGGUAAUGGUUAGGGAAUUUGUCUGUUCCACUGAGGUUUUUCUUUUCCUUGGGGAUAGUCUCUUUGAAAAUGUCCAUACCUCAAACAGCAAUGACAUUGUGAGCCGCUGCACGUUGGUGGUCAUGAUGGCUGUGGACCGGUCGUGGCUGCGAUGGUUGGUUGAUACUGUUGUCCAAUGUUAAUGGAAGGGGGUCUGUAGGGUACUUGGGGUGUAGAUAUCUGGUGACUCCUAGCAUCCUGGUACCCGUCCGCAGGUUGCACCGCUUCGGUUAAAGUAUGUGGUCGGCGGUCUCUCACCCACUCUUGGAUCUCCUGCUUAAGGUUGUUAUAACAUUGUUUUAGCAGAACAUGCUAUAGUACAUGCUCCAGUGUAGUGGCUUGGCACCCUUAGAUCCAGUUGACCGCUGCUCUGUGUAGCUGGCAUGCCCAUUCCUUGUCUCACUUUUUUAAUUCUCGGAACCGGCAUCUGUAAGCCUCGGGUGUGACAAGGGCUCUAUUUACCGCAAGGCAAACAAGGCAUUUGCCUUGGGCGGCACUUUCCAGGGGGCGGCAAAAAACGCUGCCCCCAAAUUUCCAGGCAAAUACCUUGUUUGCCUCGUUUUAUGGGAGCCCAAGAGCUGGCCGGCUGGCCACCUUUGGGCUCCCUCAGGGCAGCGGGCGGCUGUUUUUCGGGCGAGCAGUGAGGGAGCACUUUCCCCUGAGCUAUAUUCCGGCUCCCGGCAUCACUCUUUACAAAAGAGCUGAGCAGAGAGCUCAUGGGAAAGUGCUCCCUCGACGCCCACCUGCCUGCACGUCCAGCCGCCUCUCUGCCAGGCAGCCCCACUGGACCCCAGGUGAAAUAUACAUAUAGCUAUCCCAAAAGUAGGGAGGCUGGGUGGAUUUCAAGUUAAAAAAAUAAUAAUAUUAAUAAUAGUGAGUGGGGGAAAUGUGUGUGUGUGUCAGUGAAUGUGAGUGUGUGUGUGUCAGUGAAUUAUGUGUGAGUAUGUGUGUCAGUGAGUGUGUGUCAGUGAAUGUGAGUGUGUGUGUCAGUGAAUGUGAGUGUGUGUGUCAGUGAAUUUGAGUGAGUGUGUGUUGGUCAGUGAAUUUGAGUGAGUGUGUGUCUGUCAGUGAAUGUGAGUGUGUGUCGGUCAGUCAGUGUGUAUGCGUCGGUCAGUGAGUGCGUGCAUCUGUCAGUGAGCCUGUCAGUGAGUGUGUGUCCGAGUAAGUGUAUGUCUGUCCAGGGCCGGACUGGGGAACAAAUUCGGCCCAGGCAUUUUUUAUUUACAGCGGCCCACUGAAAAGGGGGCGGGGCCAGAUAGGGUGUGUUUUGUCAUCCCCAAUGACAAGCACGCCCCAUCUCAAAGUGAGCAUGUUGGUUCAAUGCUCUUCCAGGGCAUGAGAAAAGGGCCCUGUGUUUGAUCUGUACAGCGCAAGCAAAUUUAAUAACAUGCUUGCGUUUUGUUUGCUUGAAACUUGUCUCAGGGGUUUCCAUAAUUGGAAUACUCACUGUAUUCCAUUUAUGGAGACACUAUGUGUUUGCUUAAAUGGAAUCUAGUGUGUGCAUAGGGGUUCCAGAGUGUGAAUGUCAGAAAUGUAGUGUGUGUGUGUAGGUGGUGCAGCGUCUGUGUGUAGGGGAUCUAGUGUGUGUUUGAAGGACUCAGGAGUGCGUAUAGAAGAUCUAGUGAGUGUGUGUGAGUGGUGCAGCAUGUUUGAGGGCUGCUGUGUGUGUGAGGGGUGUAGUGUGCAUUUGUGAGGAGUAUAGUGUGUGUGGGAGGGUGCUGUGUGUGGGGGGGGGUGCAGUAUGUGUGUGUGAGGGUGCAGUAUGUGUGUGUGAGGGUGCUGUAUGUGAGGGCGCUGUGUGUUUGGGUGCUGUGUGUUAGGGUGCUGUGCGACGGUGAUGUGUGUGUUAGGGUGCUGUGUGAGGGUUCUGUGUAUUUGAGGGUGCUGUGUGAGUGAGGGUGCUGUGUGAGUGAGGGUGCUGUGUGAGUGAGGGUGCUGUGUGUGUGAGGGUGCUGUGUGAGGGUGCUGUGUGAGUGAGGGUGCUGUGUGUUAGGGUGCUGUGUGUGUGUCAGGGUGCUGUGUGUGUGUCAGGGUGCUGUGUAUGUGUUAGGGUGAUGUGUGUGUUAGGGUGAUAUGUGUGUGAGGUUGAUGUGUGUGUUAGGGUGCUGUGUGUGUGUUAGGUUGCUGUAUGUGUUAGGUUGCUGUAUGUGUUAGGGUGCUGUUUGGGUGCUGUGUGUGUGUUAGGGUGAUGUGUGUGUAUUAGGGGGAUGUGUCAGUGUUAGGGUGCUGGGUGCUUGGAUCAACAGCAAAAACAUAUGUGAGGAAGGCUGAACUUGAUGGACGCAAAUCUCUUUUCAUCUAUGUAACUAUGUAACUAUCUAACUAUGUGUUGUUUACUCCAAUGGCUGUGCUCCAUAAAACGCCAUCCGAAUUCUUAUUUCUCAUUGAUAUUCAGUCUCCUCUGGGGAUGAGCGUGAUUACACCACUUGUUCUGUCACCCUCCAUUAGUGCCGUGAGAAAGGCAGCCCUUGUGUUUUUUUGCUGGCUGUCUGUUCCCUUGCCUCCAGUAUUUCCUUUAGGGUGGUUCUAUUGAGGGCUACAUAAUUGUUCUCCGUGGACAGUCCAUCGGUUAUCCCGUGUCUUUCUUUCUUUGAGAGGGAUGAUCGCGCUGCUUGCCACCAAUCGUAGCGGAGCUCCUAUACUUGGGCUGAGUAUCUCCGCUGGAAUAUCCCUCAAGCUGAAAGGAAAACACUGUGAAAUGUUAUAGCCCUUAUUCCCCCACACAUCACAUGACACUUGAUUUUUCAGGCAGGUACUGCCACAUAUUUAGUCUGGAUUUCAGUCAUCCGGGGUCAUUUGAUCCAGCUGAAAUUCAGAGCAGACAAUUCCUGAUUACAAAAUUGGAAUAUUUAUAAAUAGUGUUAACAAAGUCUGGAUUUUGCAGAUACAGGGUGAAUAACCCUGUAUAUGUUCAUUGUCUUGGUUAUUGGAGACCUAAGAUUUCCUGCUAUUUUUUCUUACUGCUAUUCUAAUAUGCCUGUCGAUGUAAUACUGCUGUUUGUUUCAUACACUGCUUGCAUCAGAACUUUUUUCACUGGGGUUCUUUGGUCAACUAGGGAAAGGUUGGGUAAGUACACGUAAGAGGUAGCGACCAUCCCUCGAGUCCAGAGAUGAUCAAACUGCACAAACAAUAAAGAUGAGAAAUAAGUCUGGGCACAGGUCUAAGGUGUUGGCAGAUUUACUGGAUAACGAUCAGCAACAUUUUAGCUCUUAAUAUAAAGGCUAACAAGCUUACUAAAGGAUAACAAGCUAAAAAAAAUGGCUCUAUUAGGAGCCAGAAUGUUAUGGGCCAGUCUUAUCUUUUACUGCCUAUGGUCAACUAGUGAACAAUCCAAAAUACCAUGUCUAGUAUAAAUGUUUGUCACAGUUCCAUUAUUUAUCCUGACGCAGAGAAAUUGAAUUUGCAAACUGGUCAUGCUUUUCUCAAUCACACUGUAUUUGGAAUCAUUUCCUCUUAGUAAAAGAAUGCACAACAAAGCAUUUCAACUUCUCUACACAAGAAGAGAAAUCUAAUAACCCUAGCUGUAUAUCUGCCAAAAGAAAAGGUAAACUUAUUAAAAAACUGAAACGUAUAAUGGACAAUAUUUUUACAAGUGUUCAAUGCGGCUUUGAAACCAACUCUCAUUUAACUCUAGUGAUUUCAGACACCAUUCAUACCAAUGCUAAUCCAUCUUGAGAGAAAUCUUACAAAAGCUAUUUCAGAAGCAUCAUCUGCUGCACGGAUUAAACCACGAGAUAAGAACAUCUUCUCUUUCCAUCCUAUGUAAAACUAUGUAAAACUUCAUACUUUGUAUGCAAUUUAUUAUCUUGGCUUCACUCGCCUUUUAGAUGUCGUAACUGUGUUUGCUCUAAGCACAUUUCUUAGAUAGUAUCUUACGACUCUUUGUUUAAAGCAGUGUUUCUGCAAUUACGGCUCAGUCUUCCACUCUAUUUUCUGGUCAAGUACCUUUUACUAGUAUGUAUUCUUUCUGCUGUUUCCUUUUUGAAAUUCUUUAAAUGUAAAUAUAUGUAUUUAGUUUUGUAUUUUUUUUGUUGAGGCAUAAUUUCUGCAAUUAAGCUCGGGAUGUUGUGAGUAGCAAUGCAUGGUUAUUUUUGGAACAUUGUGAUGUUUGUGUAUACCAAGCAAUGCCAGACACGAACAAAGUUCUUUCUGUUUUUGUUUGUUUGAGAAGAAUUUUGUAUGUUUCACCUCUUCACAAUGGCUGCUAUACAAUGUACUUUGUGUCACUUGUGCCAUUAAUGAUGGCCAGGGUACAGACAGGAGUGAGCCUCUACUUCUGCAGGUCCCUUUUAAACCUCUGCGUCUCUUGCAUGCUAAUUAAAUGUUCUAAUGCGUGGGUGAGGAUAAUUAACUCGGAGUGAGUAGGUGAGAGUAUAGAUAGAUGAGGUUUAAUAUAUAGCGGGGUGAGAGGGUAAUUAACUGGGAAGUUAGGUGACAGGGGGGAUGGGUGCAAGUGAAUAAUAAGUGAGGAAUAUGACAAGCUGAAGUGGAGGGUAUGUGAUACAGCGACAUAGGUAGUACGUAACAGGGUGACAUAGUACAUUAAUAGAAGCUAAAGGAAGAACGUCACAAAAGUAUAUGCACAGUUUAGAGCUGUAAACCCAGUAUUAGGUAAGUUCAAUUAAGAAUAGUCAGUCUUGCUUAGGUGGCAGUUGGAGGGGCUCACAUCAGUCCUACAGUUGUCCUAGCAAACGUCAGUAGCUACCAGCAUGGGCAUUGGAGGGAUGGCAUAGUUACUGGACCAUGGAGCAUUGUGACUGAGAGCCAAGCAGAAGAAGGAGGUGCUAAGGGUGACAGAUAAGGACUAAGGUUGCAAAAGUAGUAAAAGCAACUACUCAUUGCCCUAACUCUUUCUGGUUAUUCCCCCAACACUUUCUGGUUUAUUAGCCGUGGGCUGCUGCAAUGUAAAGUGAUAAAUAUCACAAGCCACUCUUAUGUGAGAGAUGAUAAGGAAUAUGUACAAUCAGCCUGAUGAACAUUAUGGGCAAUCUGGACAUGUAGCCUUUGAGUUGAGGGCCUGGUUGAUUCACAAACAAUGCAACCUUUCUUAGCUAAUUUGUCCCCACAGGCUACAGUAGCUUUUAAGCUUCCCUAAAUUUCCAACUGUGAUGAGUCCUGGUUAUUGUUGGACUCUUCACAAGUGUAGGUGUCUGGUAAUAUCCCCUCUGAGGCUGUCUAAUUGAUUAAAUUGCUGUGCAAAGCUGAUAUCAUGAUUGCUCUCAGGCUUAUAAUUUCAAUGCCACUCAGCCUUGCUACUAAAGAUUAGUUGGAGAAGAAAAAUAUAAAUAUUUAUAUGUAUUUUCUGGGAAAAUGUUGGUACUAUCUUGGGGUAGUGCCCUUUUUCUUUUGGCAGUUCCCCUCCCAAAUUGGCCUUAGGGGCCAGGGAUGUUGCCAGGCGAGGGCCCUGAGGGUGUUACUGACACAAUUGAAAAAACCCAAAUGGGAUUUUCAACCCAUUAUGCCACGCCCUGCCUCUACCUUCUCUGAUAGCAGAAACAGUAGGACCUCUUUCUCCAACCCCAAAGGGAAGAGAAAGAUAAAGAGGGAGGAACAGCAUUUGACAUCACACCCUUUCUACUCUCAGAGCUGCAUGGAAUUGGGAAGCUGCAUCUGGGAGAGAAGCUGUGAAGGCUGUAGCUUGACUUGGCAGAGAGGGAUCACUUCUACAUUAGGAACACGGUAAGUCAACUAUGGUAGGCAAACAGAGUAUGCCAAGCUGAAGAAACAGGGGUAUAAUGAGACAGUAACAAGGGAUCGAGGACAGGGAAAUACUUUCCUGAUAAUGUGCUCUCAGAACUCUCUACAUUUGAUAUUUACUCAGCACUUUCCAAUUCUCCUAUACACUGUACUGUUUGUAUACAUUGAUACAAAUUGCAUGUUACCAUGAGUUUAAUUGCUUUGAGAAAUCUGAUACAUUCACAUACAGUGCACAUUAUUGUGAGUUUUAUUGCUGUGGAUUUUUGUGAUACUAGGUAUCUGUACAGGAUACACAGUCCAUUUCAGUGUGUGUGUGUAUGUAUAUAUGUAUAUGGACCAAGCCACUAAACAGUUAAGUGUUUGAGUUAGUGAGUACUAGCUAGGGUUAUGGUUUAUGGUUAGCUAGGGUUACCUAACAGUUUUGAAUCCCUUGACUGCUAUUAAAAUUAUAGCCUCGGCAUACCAAACUUUUAAAAAGUUUAGCUUUAAAAUUAUGAUUCAUUAGUUGCAAUAUUUUUCCUUUAACUUCCAAAAAUGUACUGAAAAGCUAGAUAUGAGGCAUUUUAAACAAUAAACUUAAUGUUGUGUUAAGUAUACAAAUACUGUACCAGAAAACCCCCCAACAAUAUAUAAAAAAAUGUUUCAAACUAAAAUAAAAAAUUAUAAAGCACAGUACAAUCUUAAGUGCUAGUAUAAAAAAAAUGAAGAACAUAUGUAAAAGUUCACUAUGACACUUCACCUGCAACAACCAUAACAGAAUCCUGGUAGGAAAAUUCUAAAUAACAAUAAAUGCAAAAUAAAUGAUGCACAAUAUACAAUAGUGCACCUUAGGUAAAAAAAAACCCCACUCAAUUGGUAAUAUAAAAUGCUAAAGUAUAAAUAUACAAUGUGUAAAAUCACAAAUACAGUAAUAAAGUCUUAAUAAGUACGAAAUAAUAAACAAAAGCAUAUGCCAUUAAUUGUGCAAAUCACAACACGAUUAGUGCAAGGAUUUGCACUUGGGCACUGCGAGCACAGUAGUGGUUAUGGUGCUAAGACUGUUUGACCUAUGAAAAUAAAAUCAGACUUAACUUAUUUUAAAUUUUUAAGAUGGUGUUACAGGUUUUAUAGUUCCAUUGGAGUGGUUGCAUUUGGACUCAAAACAAAUGCAGAAUAUGCAUUUCUCAAAGCCACUGCUGCUGUAAAGACCAACAUAUAUACAAAAUACAUAAUAAGGGAACACCUAUUUUAAGUAAAUAUGGGGUUCAAUGAAACCAUAUGCCCACUUUGUGGUUAAGACCACCUUUGCAUCAAAUUACCCCACUAACGGCAGGUCCUACACUCAUGGUAGAUAAACAUGCUUAAACUGCUUCAGGAGACUCUUCUUAUAUUUAUGCCUUCCUGUGGUCACUUUGAAAGGGAUACCUAGAGUGGAUAGGUGGCACGUUCAACCAAAAGAAAUCCAGUUAAAAAAAUAAAUGCAUUUAAAAAAAUAGUAAUAGAUGGUUUAUGCAUUUUAUAUAUAUUUUAGUGCUUUUUAUAUUAUGUGUGAAUAUGGAGCCUAUUUGUUUAAUACCAUUCUCAGUGUAUUUUAUGCCUGCAUACAUUUACAUUUUUUUUGCUUGAUUGCUGGUCUUGACUGGACUGCAAUGCAACUUUAGAAAAUGGAUUCUUUUUAUUUUGCAGGCUAAAAAUGGCAUUGUGGUCCAAAUCAUCUGAGAAUACUGAUGACCAGUGUUACUUUGAUCAAACAGAUACUGUGAAGCUGGACAAUCAGUCAUUGGCAUCAUUACUACCAUCUAGUGAGUGUGUUAUGUUCGCCCUUGCUCUGUGUAAAAUGAACUCACAUGUACAGCUACCUUUAUUUGUAGUGCUGAAUUCUUUUUUUCUUCUUUCUAAUAUCGGCAUAAAAUAAGAAACAGACUGGAUUAUUUUAGAUUAGAUUACAUAGUGAAUAAAACACUUAUACAGUAGGGAUUGAUUGUGUCUGGCUUCCCUUGUAUCAAUUUGUAAUGUAUGGCUAUAUCCCUCAUGUGUAUAUGGGAUGCAUAAUAGUGAACCAUGUAUAAUGAGAAAUAAUGCCCCUGAUGAUUUGGAGAUAUUGAAAAUAUAGGUGAUAAAGAAUGAUAGAAAAAAUGUGACUGUGACAUAAAUCUGAGAGCUAACUUGUCAGAGAGGAAAUUUAAGUCAUAGUGAUGAAAGGAACAAGGCUGCUGAACCAGGGACCUCCAACUGACCCAGGCCCAAUGAAUGAAAUAGCAACACGUCACUUAUUAGUCAAGGGCUCAGGACUUUAAGGCAUUGCAGAACCAAAUAACAUAACUAGUUCCUAAACAGUUAAGUCUACUCUACCACCAGGUAGACAGAUAACUGAAAUCCCUGAGCUAUAUCCCUGUAAGACAUAGGCAUUCCACAAGACCUGCCUCACCAAAGCUCACCAGAGACGGUGUAACCAUAUGUUAUCAUUUGUACUGUCCAGGAAGUCCAACAAGUGACAUGUGACAAUAAAGAAAAAAAAACAAAUACAGCAAACAAAAAGUGGGACGGAAGGGCAGGGCAAGUUGGGUGUGCUUGUAUCUCACUGCCCUUGUGGUAAGUUCCCUUCACCUCAGAAAAGUAUACAUUCUAAUGUUUACUAGCUGCUUCCCUGUUCCGCUAUGCACAAGUCAGACACAGACACAAACAGGAGGGUAGAGUGAUCUAAGAUGGCUUUCUGUAUAUAUUUAUGUUGAAAAAUUAAUUAUCUGACGUUUAGGAGCUAAAUAAUUUUGUUUCUGUUUAUGCAGCCUUAUCCACACAUCCCCUGGCCAUGACUCACACAUCCUCCAUGAACAAAUUGUCACAUUUUCAAUUCAGAUAUUACAUUACAGUGUGUUUACUUUAGAAGUUUUUGUCUCCUGCUCUAUUAAUUGAACUUUAAUCUCACACAAGGCUCCUGUAGGCUCCAGAAGACUAUUAACAAGGCAGCAUAUAAGAAAUUCUAAAUAAUCCAACACAGUUUUGAGUCUCAGUCAAGGGAUGUGUGGCUAGGGCUGGAUAAACAAAGGGAUUUGAACAUGGGGCAGAGGAUUGAGCAGUGAAAUUGCAGUGGCCUGAUUUUUACAUCAAAACCAUCUUAUUAAGCUAGAAUUGUCUUUUUGCUUAGAGUGUCCCUUUAUGUAUUAUCUCCCAUAUGCUCUGCAGUACUAACUAAAUAUUAAUAAGAGCUAUAUAAUGUUCUUUCAUGAAAUGCAAUCAUUGCCUACAUGGUAAAGACUCUCAAUGUACACUGUAUUACUUGAAUUAAUUAACUGUCUUUUUAAUAAUUUACAGGUCAAUCUUUGGUAGCCAUUCAGAAGAAAUUGAAAUUCACAGUUGCUGCUCUUGCUCUUCUUUAUAUUAUUGUUUUGGCCUUUCUACUCAUUUUUAUUGGGCUUAAAGGUAAAGAUUUACUUGAUGUUAUAAGUAUGUGUGGUUUAUGGCAGACUUUUAAUUAUAAAGUAUAUGUUCCUUAAUAUUAUUAAUUUUAAAAUACAACAAUAAGAAAAUUGUAACCCUGCUUCUUUAUUUUUCUUAAAGGUAAACACAAUUUCAUAUUUGCUUUAUUUAUUAAAGGAACUCUUCAAGUACCAUAACCACUACAGGGCACUGUUGUGCUGCCUGAUUCUUCCUCCUCAUUGUUAGUAGUUAAUUUACUUCCUAACAGUUUAAAGACUUGUUUGGGGUCCACACUGCGCUGGUCACUUCCUUCAUUGAGAUCUGAUAGUUCCUGCACAGACCACACUUUCUACCAAUAAGCUAAGCCCUGCACCUCUCGGCUAGUUUAGGGCUUAUGGAGGAGAUGAGUAGCACCAGUAUACGCCUGGUAAGUUGUCAAACCAUUAACAAAAGGUUUGGGGUCAGGACACUCCUUGUCCCAUAACCAGCAGAGCACACUGCAGUGGUUAUGGUUAUUACAAUUACUCAAGUCCAAACAAUGGUAAUAUGCACAGGGAGUCAGUGCAUUCACUUUAGGGCUUUAGUGUGCUAUGUGGUUUUGUGCAUGAAUGGGCCAACAGGCACAUUUGUACUUAUCGUUAUUAAUAAUAAUAAUAAUAAUAAUAAUAAUAAUAUUAUUAUUAUUAUUUUUGUAAUUUAUAAAGUACCAACAUAUUCCGGAGCACUUCACAAUAUUAUAAAAUGGGGAAAUUUAAUAAUAAAUGAGACAAAUGCAAACUGUUACAGGAAAUAUAGGUUGAUAAAAAAGCUGCUCAAAUGAGCUUACAAUCUAGAGGAGGUGGGGUGUAAAACACAACAGGACAGGCAUUGAGGGGGAUAGCCACCAAAGAGUGAAGCAGAACUGAAGGAGAGAGUUGAGUGCUGCCUUUUAGGAGAGAGGAAGAAACAGGUUAAGCAAGAGACAGGUUUGUGAGAUAGAAGUUACUCUGGGAGGCCCUAAGCUUUCCUGAAGAGAUGGUUUUUGAGGGACAACUUAAAUGAUUGAAGACUAGGGGAGAGUCUGAUGGUGGUAGGCAGGGUAUUCCAAAGGAAGGGAGCCACCCACGGGAAAUCCUGCAAGCAUGGGUUUGUCAGUGGAUGCGAGCAACAGACAGGAGAAAGUCACCAGCAAAGCGGAGAGACUGAAAAAGGGCAUUUUUUUGAAUCAGUGAAGAAAUAUAAUAGAGCUGUUAAAUGCUUUAUAGUUAGUAUUUUAAAUUGACUUCUAUAGGAUACAGGAAGCCAACGUAAGGACUACAGAGAAGUGAGGUUUAGAGGAGUGACAGUGGAGGAAAAUUAAUUCAUUACAGGCUUUAGCAAGGCAAUACGGAUUUUGAGAAGAUCAAUUACCAGAGAAUUACAAUAAUCAAUGCAAGAAAUUACUAGAGCAUGAACAAGCUCUUUGGCAACUUCUUGUUUUUUAAGGUGGAAUCCACAGUAUUUAGCAACAGACUGGACACACACAAAGAUGAAGCCAGAGUUAAAGAAAACACAGAGAUAGAGAUCUUGCAAGGAUGGGCUAAUGCAGAUACCAUCAACUUAAAGGGAGAGCAAAAGAGGAGGAUCAGUAUUAUCAGGAGGAAAGAUGUGAAGCUCAGUUUUAGAGCGAUUGAGUUUAAGAACACAAGAGGAUAUCCAAUCAGAGAUGAAAGAAAGGCAAACAGUGACAUGUUGUAGGAUGGCAGGGGAGAGAUCUGGGGAGGAGAGAUAUAUCUGAAUGUCAUUGGCAUACAGAUGGUGGCAGAAUCCAAAUGAAGUAAUACAUUUGACAAGAGAGGCAGUAUAAAGAGAAAACAGAGGAGUACCAAGAACAGAGUCUUGGGGGAGAAGGAAAACAUGAUAAACAGUGUCAAAGACAGCAGAGAGGUCAAGAAGAACUAGUAUGGGGCAGUGGCCUUUGGCUUUAGCCACAAUUAGAUUUGUAACUUUAAUCACAGUGCUCUUAGUAGAGUCGAGGGAGCAGAAGCCAGAUUGAAGAGGGUUGAAGAAAGAGUUGAAAUUGAGAAAGUAAGCCAAAUGGGUAAAGACAAAUCUUUCCAGAAGCUUUGAGGAAAAAGUAAACAGGGAUAUGGAUUGAUGGUUAAAAGGGGAAGAUGGGUCAAGAGAUGGCUUUUUUAUGACAGGUACUACAGUAUAGGAGAGAGAGCAGCGACAAAGCCAGAAGAAUAAGAGCAGUUAAGGAAGGCACAAGACAAGAGGAGAGAGAUCUGAGAAGGUGAGAAGGGACAGGAUCAAGUGAGCAAGUAGUGGGGCGAGAGGAAAAGAGAAGAGCCGCCACCUCUUGUUCAGUAACUCUGGAGAAGGUCUGAAGUUUAGAUAAGGCAUGAUCCAAGUACAAUUGAGAAAGAGAAGGAAAGGGGGGAGUAAAGUAGUCUGUAAAGUAGUAUGCAAAACUAUUGGCUGUAAGGGUAGUUUUGAGGGUGACCAUAGCAGGGCAAAGAAGAUAGUUGAAGGAAUUAAAGAUACGUGGGAUUAUGGGAGCAUGAACUUAUGAGAGCGGAAGGGUAUGAUUGUUUAGCAAGGGUGAGGGCUGUGCUGUCCAAACGUAAGAUGAAUCUAUAAUGGAGAAAGUCUGACAAGGUGCGAAACUUCAUCCAGCAGCGUUCAGCUGAACAGGAGCAUCUCUGAGGGAGAAUGUAUGUGUUCUUUUCAGGACACCUGUCCCCGCACCACUCAUGGCGUCCUUGCUUACCCCAUCACUGUGAGCGGGGUCUUGCGGUUCCGGUUCUGGUCCACGGCUUGUGGCUGUCCCUGCCGCUGCUCCCCAACUUGACAGUGUUUCUGACUCGGCACGCUCCAAGGCAGCUUCCUUAUACGUGUGUCAGACCCAUCACUGUUCACAAGAGAGGGAAAAGACACCUCCCAUGUUGUAAUUAACACUAAUUGGAAGUUAGCCAAUCAGACACACCCUGUGUGUAUAUAAGUUUACCUUCCCCUUGCCUCAGUGCCCUGUUGUGGUCUUUCAUAGCCCAAUAGCGCGUUUGUAUUGUGGUUCAUUCUCUGGUUACUGACUUUGGCUCAUUUCUCAUUUACUCUGUUUUCUGUGAUCCUUGACCUCGGCUUGUACUCUGACUACUCUAUCUCUUUUGCAUAGCCCGGCCAUUCUAAGGACCGGUAUUGCAAUAUCUGUGUGUCUGUGAUCUGUCUGCAUGUUUGGGUUCUCCUGGUAAUCGUGACAGUUCUCUAGCAGAAUGCACCUUUCAUUAACUCAUUGAAAUCGGGAAUAAAACCUCCCACAGCUCUCCAAUUGAAAGCCUUGGAGUUGCUACUGACAGUUUCAAAUAGAAAUCAGCACUUUUAUAAAUUGCAAUUAAAAGGAGAUGCUCCUUAAGCAUAAAGCAGUGCAGCAAGCUGAAGUGCUUUAUGUGUGUGGAAUAUCCCUUUAAAAGGCAUUUGAUAUGUUUGUACCAGCUGAAAAGCAUGCCCUAACAAAAUGUGCUAUGCAUUCAUUUGAUUGAAAUAUUUCUCCAUAAAAUACUGACAAUAAAUCUUAAAAUGAAAUAGAAUUCCUGAUACGUUUAUGCUGAUGAAAGGUUCCACUUGCCUCUGUCCCAAAGCCAUUAUACUGAGCAAUUUGAAUUAUCUUAUAUAGCUAGAUGUGUUCAAAGUUAGCAUUGGAAUAAGAUAUUUAGUUAAAGUUAGAGUUAGUGAUAAGGUUGGGGUUAGUGUUCCUUUAAUUUUAGCACUGCAAUAAGUCUAGCAGCAAGUUCUCUUUCCUAAUAUAAGUCCGACGGCUGAUAUCUCUGCUGACUUUAGAGAGUGGGAAACUAGAGAAAGUUGGUGAUUUCUCCUAUUCCUGCAAUUUACCGGUGAAAGGUUCUCUAUGGGGUAUUUGCUGAGAGCAUAACAACACCUCAUAUUUCAAUGCAUGAUAUAAUUACGAUGAAUUACUGGAAUUAAUUGCUACAGGAAUCUUCAUCUCUGUGAAUGCUGGGGUUUAAAACAUGAUCUGUCCUUUAACAUAACACUUUUCUAUAUCUCUUUUUUUUUUUUAUCCAGCUAACACAGCAGUUAAAGAUGGGAAUAAUGUACAAAAAAUGGAAGCAAGUCAUCAAGACGAAUGGGAUUUGAAAGAACCAAAUGAACAAAUGUUGCCUGAUUUUUCCAUUAUUCAACAGGAAUUUGCUCAAAACAUUUCUGAUAUUAAAUAUGAGCUGUCUGUAAAAUCAUCACAUCUGCAAACAUUAAAUCAACUGUUAAACCAAACUUUAAUGCAAAAUCAAGACCGUGACAAGGUUGUCACAGAAAUUCAGAAAGCACUGGAAUCCCUGCAAACAGUACUGGGUCAUUUUCAGACGGAAAUAGAUUUGCUCAACUUAACAUUUACAGAAAAUGUGUACAGAUUGCAGGAGGUAAGAUCUAGACUCACUUAUCAGAUCUGCAUCGAAACUGAACACAUUCUAAUCCAACAGAACAAGAAGUAAAAUUCUAAUAAUAUACAUGCUUGCAUUAAUAUAUACUGUUGUAUAUUUAUAAUUGUAUAUAUUUAUGCUAUGUCUGUUAGAGACACAAUACCGCUUCAGAAUGUCUACAUCUUUUGGAUAAGUGGAUAUGUCCACACAAAACAUGAGGUGGUGGUCAAUGCUUACCUUUGCUAAAUGUUUUAACUGCUUUUAAAGAAACACUUCUAGCACUUCAAACAAUUACAUUGUCACCCACAUAACACACAGACAAAACACAAACAUCAUAGUCACAAACAUCAUAGACACAUCUACGGCAUUCAUUACAUAGUCAAAAUAUACAAAUCACAUACAAUCACACCACACCGAACUGGUCAAACAUUCAUCACAGACAGCACAGCCCUGAAACAACCCUGCACACAUAAAACUCCCCCCACACAACACACACUUACACAUCAUGCACAGCCUUUCUACACAAACAACUCAUUGAGUUUGUCUUAAAAACUUAAAUGAUGCUAAUUUGACCAUUUAUUAUCUAAAAGACACACAUAUAGAAUUACACUCUUAAAACCACACUCACAUACAUUUACACGCUCAGAAACACAAAUACAUACAUAAUUAGACCCUCAAGGACAAGCAAGGACAUGAACAUAUAUGAGCAUGAACAGAAUAUAUAAGUGCCCUCCCAGGCUCUCUUUUGUCCUUGCCCCCAUUAAAAUAACUCUGCAAAGAGUUGCUUCUAUUUUUACUGGCCACCUAUAUAAUCUAUGUAUUAGAUAAGCUAUGUUUUAAUAUUGAGCAUCAGAAAAUGUGAGGAUUAAACACAAAAACAAAACAAAAAACACAGACCAUUUUGCAUUUUGUCAUGUCAUGCAGUAAUUUUACAAUGUAAAAGCUGAAGAAGUGUAAAUAAAUCUAUGUAAACAUUCUUCCUUAAGGAUAUUGUGCAACUCAAAUCACGUUUCCACAAUGCAUCAACGGAUAUUUCUAAUGUGAAAGAACAGUGUACCUCCCUGGAUAGGGAAAUGAAAGAAGAAGUGCAAUUAUUAAAUACAAUAACAAAUGACCUCAAAUUAAAAGAUUGGGAGCAUUCAAUAACAUUGCAAAAUUUAACAUUAAUUCAAGGUGAGCUGUACAAUUGUCAAUAUCCCUGUCCAUAUUUUUUAAAUAUUAUAAUCAAGUCGUUUUUAUUGAUAGAUUAAAAAACAUAACAAUAUAAUUCUAAAACAAACAAGUAAUGAACAUAUUAUAGUAAAAAAAAAAUAUAUAUAUAUAUAUUUUAAAUUACAAAAUAAAUAAAAGGAUAAAAUAAGAAAAGAAAAGGAAAAAAAAGGGGGGGGGGAUCCAUCAGUUUUAUUUUUAAAUAUUCUUAUUUAAACAUAUUGAAAAUAUUGCUUAUGUUUGUCAUUAAUAAUCUAUAUAUAAGAAUAUAAAGCCAAUAUACCAUUACAUCACAAUGCAACACAAGAACUAAUCUGCUGACUUUCCAAAAUGUUCAUAAAUAGUUGCUUAUGUCCACACAUCUGAUCACAUUCAAUAUAUCCUUUGACAUAACUUUUAACUCUAGCAACUGUUUAUUUUACAUGUAAAAGAUGAAUGGGUAUAAUUAAUUACAUGUUUUAAAAUCCUUCACAACAAAGAGUUAUGUAAUGGCUGUGUUAUCAUGACAGUCCUGGUACAUCAUCUUUCAGGGAGAUUAAGGUACAUUUUAAGUCACAUUAUAAAAAGACAAGCCACAUAAUCUACACUAUAUAUUUUUAAUUUUCAUUAUAAUACUUUAUCCUUUAUGGGCUAAAAUAUCAAAUAAAAAUAAUAUUAUUAUUCUAUAAAUUAAGCUGUGUACUUGACAAAUAAUUAUUUUAUUCUGUGCUGUCUAUAUAGGUCCACCAGGUCCAAAAGGAGAACAUGGUGAGAAAGGACUGAAAGGUGAUCCAGGUGACCAGGGACGAGAAGGUGCGAGAGGUAAAUGCACUUAAUAUUUUAAUAUGUAUGUCAUUUACAACAUUCUUUUUAGUGUAAUGUUAUAUUUUGAUUGCAUUACAAAUUAGUCCAUAAAGGCCAAAUACUGACUAGCAUAUGUUUGCUUAAAGGGACACUAUAGUCACCAGAACCACAAUAGCUUAAUGUAGUGGUUCUGGUGCCUAUAGCGUGUCCCUGCAGGAUUUUCAGUGUAAAUGCAAAUUUUUCAGAGUAAAGGCAGUGUUUACAUUGCUGCCUAGUAAUACCUCUGGGUGCAGUCACUCAGAUGGCCAUCUGAGUGACUGCACCCAGAGGUAUUACUAGGCAGCAAUGUAAACACUGCCUUUACUCUGAAAAAUUAGCAUCCUAUUUCAGUGGUGAAAUGUAUGCACCCCUAUGAGGAGUUAAGGAUUUUGCAUGGGCAAUAGCCUCCCAAUGCCUCCCUCUAGGACAGCAUUGCAUUGGCGGAGAUUAUCAAGCUUGUUGAUCUCAGCAAUAGAGGUGAAGCCAGCCAUGUUAACACCAGCACGAUGUUAGAGAAAAAGUAAGUAUAUCUGACUUUUUCAUGCACUUGGAGGGUGGCUGGGUAUCUAAACAUUGAACAGGUUACUAUAGUAUUCCUUUAAUUAGCUAUGACAGGUCAAUACAGCCUUGCUGCCAAAUGAGUCGGCACUCACAUUUUGAAACAGGAAUUGAAAGAAUAUAUUAUUAUAAUGAGUAUACCAUCAAUGGUCAGUCAAGUGAUUGUAUAAGCUUCAUAAGUACAGUUUAUUCAGUUUUUUUGUUUUUUUUAAAACCCCUCAAUGGGGCAAAUAAAACAGUCCAUGACACUCAACAUCUCCUGGUCUGAUACAUAUAUUUUUAAAUUAUUUAUUUUAAAUGAAGAGAGACUUUGUGGAUUCCCGGUCACCUCAGCGGGACUUAGCUGCGAAUGUUAUGGAACUGUUUUCAACAUGAGGUGACCGUGCGGUUCCUGGACAACUUGGCUCACGGUUUUGAACCACUUUGAAAUCCACCAGGAGAGCGCUUUUUGGAGGGAAGGUGCCUGAGACUAAGCGGAACAAAUGCUACCUAAGAGCCAGACGGAGCCCAUAUUGUGGCCGCAGGAGCUCCCGAAAGUUGACCGGCAAAAGCACCAAACGCCCUGGAACUAUUUUGUGUGGCCGGUUAGAACUUUAACAAUAAUUGCUAUUUGGAGAACUUGGGCUCUCAGAUCAGGGCUAUUUAACAAUGUAUUAUUUGUGGGGUUUAUGUUUUUAUUAUGUUUGUGGGUAUUUUUAUGUUUUAUAUUUUUAUGUUUGACAGUAUAUAUAUAUAUAUAUAUAUAUAUAUAUAUCAGUCAAUAUUUAUUAUAUGAUACUUAUGUUCAGGCUACCCUGGAAGUAAAGGAGAAAAAGGAAUGCCUGGAUUACAAGGGCCAAAAGGAUCACCAGGAAAUGCUGGUAAGCAUAGAUAUUGCACAGAGUAUGUUAGGAAGUGCAACAGUAUAUUUGUAGUUAUGCUCCAAUAACUAAUCAGUUAAAUCUGUUAAAAUUUAACUAUUCAAAAAUAGUGAUGUCCCGAACGGUUCGCCGAACGGUUCGCGAAUGGGUCGCCACCAAUGGUUCACCACGGACUCAUCAUUGAGUAAACUUUGACCCUGUACCUCACAGUCAGCAUACACAUUCCAGCCAAUCAGCAGCAGACCCUCCCUCCCAGACCCUCCCACCUCCUGAACAGCUCACUAAGAAUGCAGCUUCACAAUGAAUGUAAAAUGGAUGCUGUCCAGGAGGUGGGAGGGUCUGGGAGGGAGGGUCUGCUGCUGAUUGGCUGGAAUGUGUCUGCUGACUGUGAGGUACAGGGUCAAAGUUUACUCAAUGAUGAGUACUUGGCGAACCGUUCGGCGAACCGUUCGGGACAUCACUAUUCAAAAAUGUAUAGCAUGGCGUAUAUAUGUAAACAAAAUAAAUACAAGAGCAAACAAUGAACUACCAUUUGUGCAAAUUGCCUGAAUGCAGGGUGGAUGCGUGUUGCAGCCAGUGCAUUGUAUAAUGUCAGACAGUGCUGUAAUUCUAGACCUGGACUAUCCAGAGUCUAUUAAAGAGUCAAGUACAAUGACCUAGUGUCAGGUUCCUUGGAUAAAACUGCUAGGAAUGAGCCCCCAUCACAGCAAAGAGAGGUUAACAAGUGCGGUUGUGCUCAAUGAAUGGGUAUUUUAUAGUACAAAAUGUGCUCAGUGUGUGAGUCAGUGUCUGAGAGUGUAUGAGUCUGUCGUGGUUAAUAACUUUAUUGACUUUAUUUUUAUUAUAGUAUUCAUGUUUGUAAAAAAAAAAAAAAAACACAGCCUUUAGUUAUUUUUUAUGAUGGCUAAUAUACCUUAGUAAAAUAAUUGUUUUGUACUAUUUUGUUAAACGUCUUCUGCAUUUAGAGUUAAAGAGAAUGGUCUUACUGAAAGCUGUUUAUUUUUUUCUAUGGUACACAAGGAGAAAAGGGUCAAAAGGGAGAAAAGGGUGAGAUGUCUUACAGUAGUAGUUCACUAGGUGAGUAUUAUAAAUUAUAUAUAAGACUCUUAAAUUGUAUUAUAUUAACAAAAUGGUUGGUUUAUGAAACUAUAAUGGUAUUCAGUAUAAUUCAAUAAGAAAAGUAUCACUUUGAUGGGUUCAGAAUAUAACCUCAUUGGACCCAUAUUUCACUGAGUGAAUUAUAUUUUCAUAUACCAUGCUGCUGGAUAGGUCGCAUCACACCAUAAAUUAAAACUGGUAAUGCACAGCAUGACAGACUGUGUACUGUGCAGCAUGGGAUUAAUAAUGUCAGGGUAUCACCAUUAAAUACGGGAUUAUACCAGGUAUGAGGGACCAACAGAAUGGGGGAUCAAUGAGCAUAGUGAGAAGUAUGUGUGCAGUGAUUGACCAGAGAGAGAGUCAUAUCCCAUUCCUCUCUACUUUCUGCAUACUGAAAUGUGACUAGAACCUAGUGUGCCAAGACAGUACAGAGACAUGGAGCCACAAGUUGCAACAGCAUAGGUGAGCAGAGCCAAAAGUUAGGUACCCCACAGUCUGAGUUUGAGUACAUGUGGCAAAAAGCUUUGGCAUACCUUGGCCCCAACCUAACACUGGCGAACACAUUGCUCUAUGAGCACAGAUUCGGAUGGAGCUGCACCAAGAGCAACACAGAGCAGCACCAAUGGUAUCCAUGUUGUCCUCAUGUAUCCAUGUUGACCUCAAAGUGACUCGUUCAUCCUUAUGUGCCUUUGAUGAGGAUAAAAGAAAUGCUGCAACCUCAGCUGAAGCAUUGGUAUUGGGCUGCUGGCCUCUGAUCCUACCUUGCUGCUGUUCUUGCAUUGGUGGAUGAGCCAGAGGAGCUCACUGCUCAUCCAGCUGAAGUACUGCCAUCAGGACAAAGUGCCACUGACCUCUGUCUCAAACUGGCUCUUGUCCCUGUAGGUGUUGGAGUGGAAGAGAACUUUAUGUUGGUGGAUGAGCAUGAGAAGUAUACUGCAUCCCCAGUUUUGAUUGCCCCACUGGCAUGUGAUCAUAAUGGUGCUCUUUUUGGUCAGUAAGAGUGGACAAUUGGUGAUACAUCCACUCUCCACCCAGAGCAGGCAGUCCAUUUCCUAAUCAGCUGCCAAGACCUAAGAUAUUGUAGAAGUGUACAGACAGUGAACUGUGUUGCUUCACAAAGUUUUCCAGGAUCAGCAGAGAAUACAGCUUCAGCAAUCAGUCAGCAUAGGCAUUUUUUUUUAAUGAAUUAGUAGGCAAUUAACAUCCUAUUCUCCUGUUUCACCCCUCUUACAAUGCCAUUCCCAAAAUUAUCCAGUGUAAUCAUUAAUGUACAUUAAUGUGGAACAGCAUUACUUCAUAUUUUUGCCAGCAGCAGAGGCAGAUAGUAGCAGGUAGUGAUGUACCGAACUGUUCACCGGCGAAUAGUUCCUGGCGAACAUAGCGUGUUCGCGUUCGCCACUGCGGGCGAACACAUGGGCGGUUCGAUCCGCCCCCUAUUCAUCAUCAUUGAGUAAACUUUGACCCUGUACCUCACAGUCAGCAGACACAUUCCAGCCAAUUAGCAGCACACCCUCCCUAGCAGACCCUCCCACCUCCCUCCCAGCAUCCAUUUUAGAUUCAUUCUGAAGCUGCAUGCUUAGUGAGAGGAGGGAAAGGCUAGCUGCUGCUGAUUACAUAGGGAAAUUGAUAGCUAGGCUAGGGUAUUCAGUGUCCACUAUAGUCCAGAAGGACUCAUCUGAUCUCUGCUGUAAGAACAGCACCCCAAAAAGCCAUUUUUAGGGCUAGAACAUCAGUCUGCUUUAUUUUAUUUUUUUUCUGUGUAAUGUAAUUGCAGUUGCCUGCCUGCCAGCUUCUGUGUCAGGCUGGAUGCUGUGCCCAUUUGCACAGUCAGUGCCACCACUCAUAUCUGUUGUCACAAUAGCUUAAGGUUUACAUUUAAAAAAAUAAUAAUUUUUCACUGUAAUAGAAGAGCAGUUUCCUGCCUGCCAGCUUCUGUGUCAGGCUGGAUGCUGUGCCCAUUUGCACAGUCAGUGCCACCACUCAUAUCUGUUGUCACAAUAGCUUAAGCUUUACAUUUAAAAAAAAUAAAAAAUUUCACUGUAAUAGAAGAGCAGUUGCCUGCCUGCCAGCUUCUGUGUCAGGCUGGAUGCUGUGCCCAUUUGCACAGUCAGUGCCACCACUAAUAUCUGUUGUCACAAUAGCUUAAGCUUUACAUUUAAAAAAAAUAAUAGAUUGAAGAGCAGUUAGUUGUCUGCAAGCGUCUGGGUGUCAGGCCUCCUUCAGUGUGUGCCCUGCAGAACCCUGCCAGCAUACUUUGACAGUUGCCACUCAUAUCUGGUGUCUCUGUAGCGUGCUUUUACAAAGAAAAAAAGGUUUCCAGUGUAAGCUAAUAGCAGUCAGUGUCCUUCAAGCGUGUGUGUCAGGCCUACAGCCUGUGCUCUGCACACCUGUGCCAGCGUACUUUGACAGUUGCCACUCAUAUCUGGUGUCACUGUAGCGUGCUUUUACAAAGAAAAAAAGGUUUCCAGUGUAAGCUAAUAGCAGUCAGUGUCCUUAAAGCGGGUGUGUCAGGCCUUCAGCGUGUGCUCUGCAGAACUGUGCCAGUGCACAUUGCCACUCAUAUCUGGUGUCACAGUAGCUUGCACGCAUAGUACCACUAAUCCAAAAAAAAAAUGACAGGCAGAGGCAGGCCACCCCGCAGGGGCCAUCGUGGUCGUGGUGCUGUGAUUCCCUUUGGCCCUAGAAUAAUGCCCAGUUUUCAGAGGCCACGUACCCUGAACUUGAAAAGUUCUGAGGACAUAGUUGACUGGCUAACACAGGACACCCAAUCUUCUACAGCCUCCGCUCAGAACCUUGACGCACCAUCCUCCUCCAGCUUAGCUUCAGGCACCUCUCAAGAUACCACUCACCCGCCUGCCGCCACCACCAAAACUAGCACCACAGCCGCUUCGGUCGGUAUGUCAGAGGAGUUAUUCACACAUCCGCUUGAAGAAAUGAGUGAUGCGCAACCAUUAUUGCCAGAGGAUGUAGAUAACAGGGAUAUGUCUCAGGCAGGCAGCAUUACACACAUGGACGUAUGGUGUGAUGAUGAUGAUAUUGUACCUGCUGCUGCUUCCUUUGCUGAGUUGUCAGAUACAAGUGAAGCGGUUGAUGAUGAAGAUGCGUCCAUGGAUGUCACGUGGGUGCCCGCUCGGCAAGAAGAAGAAAAGGGCAAAAGUUCAGAUGGGGAGACAGAGAGGAGGAGGAGGAGACGAUUUGGAAGCAGGGGGAGGUCGUCGCAAGGAGCUAGUGGCACAGUCAGACAGCAUGCAUCGGCACCCGGGGUCAGCCCGACAGCACGCCAAUCAACGCAUGCUGUGUCCACCACCAGAAUGCCGUCAUUGCAGAGCUCAGUGUAGCGGAUGGCACUGGGCUGUCCUGCAAAUGUAUUGUGAAUAACUGCAUUCGUGUGAUCUGCUGUUGUUAUAUGUAUUUAAAAGAAUUGUAUUCCUCUGAUUGUUUGGUAGAAUCAUUCGAAUAAACUAAGGGAAUGAAACUACCGAACAAGCAGACCUCCCCUGUGUAAAGUGUGUCCUCAAUUACCCAUUGCAACAUUGUUGCGAACGGGUAAUUGACAAGUUAAGUAUCCGUCCUUUGUUCUCGGGGUGGCCGCCAUUCGACAAACGAACACGUGGCGGCGGCCAUUUUAAAACUCCCGAACAGCGGUGUUUUGCCGUCGAGUGUCUGGAACUCAAAUCGGACACUCGACUAGGUGAACACCGCUGAAUCCUCCACAAGCCCGGUCCGUUCAGUUCCUAACUACCGAACGGCCCCUCGUUCGGUAGAUAGAAAGAACCGAACGAGGGGAUUCAGGCGAACCCUCCCUAGUCUCUAUAGCUAAAGGAUUUCGUGCAAUUUGUUCCCUUAUUCCAGGACCAACCGGAGGGCCCAUUCGCAUGGAACCGCAUUCGGCUAUCUCAGUCAGUGCGGUCGGUCAUUUUAUUCCCUCCAUACAUUUCCCGAACCCCUGGUCUGAUCUGGAUAUGAUUUUUGGAUAUGUUGCUCACCCAGAUCAGGGCUAUCAGGGGAUGUAGGAUUUAAAGGGGUACCCCUACGUUUAGGGGUACAUCCAGAAACGGGGGGAAUUGCUAGACUGGAUAAGGGGAUUAUGAUGCAGGCUGAGGGGAUGAGAUGUGUGGGAGGUUACCAGGACAGGAUUGGCUACUGUACUAAUGAUUGUAAAUCCCUCCCUUGCAUGGGAGCAUGCUUUAAAAGGACAGUGUGGAUUAAAAGAGUUCAGUUCUGCUCCUGAAACUGUGUGUCGUCCAGUUAUUGGGAUUGCUGUGGGGAUAUUGCUGUUAUUUUACCUGAUGGAAACCUUGCCUGUGGAUUUAUUAUUUACUUGUUCCUGAGCCUCACUUGGAUUAUAAGCGGAGAUAACCUGGGGAAUAUUGCCUCUCCGCUACACUCAGCAGUGUGGAAUUUUUUUUGUGUGUCUACCUCUGACAACAGCGAUUCCAUUUGCAACCUGUGCCAAAAGAAACUGAGUCGUGGGAAGUCCAACACCCACCUAGGUACAACUGCUUUGCGUAGGCACAUGAUCUCACAUCACAAACGCCUAUGGGAUCAACACAUGAGUACAAGCAGCACGCCUACUCUAAGCUGCCAUCCUCCUCCUGGUCCAGCAUCUUCAGCCACGUCAACCACUGCUGUCCUCCUUGCCCCCUCUCAACCAUCCGCCACUCCGUCUCCCGCCUUGAGCAGUUCACGCUCAUCUGCCCACAGUCAUGUGUCUGUCAAGGACAUGUUUAAGCGUAAGAAGACAAUGUCAGAAAGUCACCCCCUUGCCCAGCGUCUGACAGCUGGCUUGUCCGAACUAUUAGCCCGCCAGCUUUUACCAUACAAGCUGGUGGAGUCUGAGGCGUUCAAAAAAUUUGUAGCUAUUGGGACACCGCAGUGGAAGGUACCGGGCCGAAAUUUCUUUUCACAAAAGGCAAUCCCCAACCUGUACUCGAUUGUGCAAAAGGAAGUAAUGGCAUGUCUGGCACACAGUGUUGGGGCAAGGGUCCAUCUGACCACUGAUACCUACACUGCGCAUUGGGUAAACAUGCUGACUGCUGCCGAGCAUGGAAUGCAUGGCUCUGCAGAGGAGUUGGUGACACCGCCACGACUUGCAGGCAGUCCUGCUGCCACCUCCUCUACUCCUCCUACUCCAUCCUCUUCCAUAACCUCCUCGGCUGAGUCUUCUUCUGCUGCUGCGUCUUGCUCCACAUCAAUGGCACCCCCCCUGCUCCCCAGGUACUAUUUCACAUCCCGGAUAUGGCAGUGUCACGCCGUCUUGGGUUUGACUUGCUUGAAAGCAGAGAGUUACAGCGGACAAGCACUCCUGUCCGCCCUGAACGCACAGGUGGAAAAGUGGCUGACUCCACAGCGACUGGAUAUCGGCAAAGUGGUUUGUGACAACGGAACAAAUUUGUUAGCGGCAUUGAAGUUGGGCAAGUUGACACAUGUGCCGUGCAUGGCACAUGUGUGUAAUCUGAUCGUACAACGCUUUGUGCAUAAGUACACAGGCUUACAGGAUGUCCUGAAGCAGGCCAGGAAGGUGUGUGGCCAUUUCAGGCAUUCCUACACGACCAUGGCUCACUUUGCCGAUAUCCAGCGGCGAAACAACAUGCCAGUGAGGCGCUUGAUUUGCGACAGCCCGACACGUUGGAAUUCAACACUCCUAAUGUUCGACUGCCUGCUCCAACAAGAAAAAGCCGUUAAUGAAUAUUUGUAUGACCGGGGUGCUAGGACAGCCUCUGAGGAGCUGGGAAUUUUUUUGCCACGUUACUGGACGCUCAUGCGCAAUGCCUGUAGGCUCAUGCGUCCUUUUGAGGAGGUGACAAAUUUAGUCAGUCGCACCGAAGGCACCAUCAUCGACAUCAUACCAUUUGUUUUCUUCCUGGAGCAUGCCCUGCGAAGAGUGCUGGAUCAGGCCGUAGAUGAGCGUGAAGAGGAAGAGGAAGAGUUGUGGUCACCAUCACCAUCAGAAACAGCCUUAUCAGCAUCGCUUGCUGGACCUGCGGCAACACUGGAAGAGGAUUGUGAGGAAGAGGAGUCAGAGGAGGAAUGUGGCUUUGAGGAGGAGGAGGAAGACCAACCACAACAGGCAUCCCAGGGUGCUCGUUGUCACCUAUCUGGUACCCGUGGUGUUGUACGUGGCUGGGGGGAAGAACAUACCUUCAUUGACAUCAGUGAGGAAGAGGAACGGGAAAUGAGUAGCUCGGCAUCCAACCAUGUGCAAAUGGGGUCUUUCAUGCUGUCGUGCCUGUUGAGGGACCCUCGUAUAAAAAGGCUGAAGGAGAACGACCUGUACUGGGUGUCCACGCUACUAGACCCCGGUAUAAGCAGAAAGUGGUGGAAAUGUUACCGAAUUACAAGUAUGAAAGGAUGCAGCAUUUGCAAAAUAAAUUGAAAAGUAUGCUUUACACAGCGUAUAAGGGUGAUGUCACAGCACAACGGGAAUCUAACAGGGGAGAGGUGGAAGUCAUCCUCCUCCUCCCAUGACCACGCCGGCAAGGACAGGACGCUUUAGAGACGUGUUGUUGAUGGAGGACAUGUGGACCUUUUUAAGUCCUACGCAUCGCCACAGCCCUUCGGGAUCCACCCUCAGAGAGCGACUCGACCGACAGGUAGCAGACUACCUCGCCUUAACUGCAGAUAUCGACACUCUGAGGAGCGAUGAACCCCUUGACUACUGGUGUGCAGGCUUGACCUGUGGCCUGAGCUAUCCCAAUUUGCGAUAGAACUUCUGGCCUGCCCCGCUUCAAGUGUCCUGUCAGAAAGGACCUUCAGUGCAGCAGGAGGUAUUGUCACUGAGAAGAGAAGUCGCCUAGGUCAAAAAGUCUAGAUUACCUCACCUUUAUUAAGAUGAAUGAGGGAUGGAUCCCGAAGGGACUGACACUGGGCGAUACAUUAGAUUAAAAAAGGCCUGAUGAGAUGAGCUGCCUUGGGCUAAAAAUGGUCCACACGCUGCUGUAUUUAGCUCUGAAUGCCGGUUGACUUGCGUGACUUAUCCGCCACCAACUAGAGUUCAAGCCGCCAUGUUUUAGGGCACUUUCUGCCUGCGAAACAAACAUAAAUUUUUCUGGGCUGCAACAAUACCGAAUUUUUCAGGCAUGUGUACAUGCCUAAUUUUUAGGCCCUCUGGUGCUGCACUGUGGCUUCAAAAACCAAACCAAAAAAAAGGCACAUAGUGACCCUAUGUAGGGGGAACAGUCGAUAUUCUGCUCUGUGUCAGUGUGUAUCAGGGAUUUGACUAUCUUUAUUCAGAUUCCAAAAUUACAAUCCCAGGAAAAAUGUAACAAACAUUUACAAGAACAUGUUAUGCACAUCAUAGAAACAACGUGAAUUCUGCUCUUUGUCAGUGUGUAUCAGGGGCUUUGAGGAUGGGGAACUGUCUCUAUUCUGCUCUUUGUCAGUGUGUAUCAGGGGCUUUGAGGACAGGUGUCAAUCCAUAUCUGCCAAGUGACCCUAUGUAGGGGGAACAGUCUCUAUUCUGCUCUUUGUCAGUGUGUAUCAGGGGCUUUGAGGACGGGGAACAGUCUCUAUUCUGCUCUGUGUCAGUGUGUAUCAUGGUCUCUGAGGACGGGGAACAGUCUCUAUUCUGCUCUGUGUCAGUGUGUAUCAUGGUCUCUGAGGACGGGGAACAGUCUCUAUUCUGCUCUUGCAUUUCUAUUUCUUCUUAGAUAACAAAUUCUGAGACGACGUUGGCAGGGCUAUUCACUUGUGUGAUCUGUCAUGAAAUGUCAUUUGAAUGUUAAUUUGAACUGUGGGGCACAAGAACUUGAAUCUGACAAUUUUUAUUUUAUCAGAGAACUUGUUCGGGAUACAGAAAGGAAAAAAGGGAGGGUAAGCGGUUAAGGUACAUCGAUCUUAUUCACAUCUUAUACAUUCAAGAGCAAACUGGUUAUUCAUUCUCGUGGGAGUUUUUCCGCUGCCCUUGUGCCUUUGGUCUAGUACCAUGUCAGGGUUGUCUUUCUCUCCUAAACCUGGGUUUGGUCCGGGGUAUGGGAAGGGGGAAACCUGGGGACAGGCUACGGUAGGGGAAGAAGAACGGGGGAAAUAGACGUCGGAAGUCCCUCAUCUCCCUUUGUCUCCUUCUUAGUUAGCACGCUGUGUGCGGUCACCGGGUCUAUUCCCUUAUCUAACUACUUAACUAUGUACAAUGUGGGUGUUUGUUCCGUUAUGCCCUGUAGAUGGUGUUUGUUCCGUUAUGCCCUGUAGAUUGUUUAACCUCAGCUUGGUAUACCUCAAUGUUGGCUGUUGUACCAUGGUGUUUGGAGUCGUUGUCUCUCUGCGUCAGAGCAGUUAGGUCUUAGAUCCAAGAGGGAGAGGAUAUGGUAGAGAGGGCAGCUCUGUCAAUGGACUGCAGGCAGAAUCAUGAAAGGGUAGGGCUGUAUAUGAACAUGGCACAUGUCGGCAAGCUUCGCUUUUUACUAAACAGUUGGGUACUGGUUUUAAUACCUUGGUUUGUGGUAUUAUUUCGGGGGUCAGCCUAUGGAUUUAUGGUGAUAUGGCACUUUGCCGUGGUUCGGUUAUUGACUUUGGUAUUCUCUAGGCAAUCCAGUCCAUGUUUCCUGAAGUCCAUCAUAUUUGGUGCUUCAACUACAUUAGUUCUGAUGCCAACCAACAUUCUAGGUCCCCAAGGUUACUGAGCCUGUACAUCGGUCGUUAAACCGGAUCCCUAAUAUCAAGUGUCCAUUGAGUUAACCAUCAGUCCUGGAAUGUACAUGACUUCAUUUCUGCACACCAUGUCUACAACAAUCCAUGCUUGCAACAUUGUUUGGAGAGUCUCUGGUUCUGCCCAUGAUUGGUUGUCUCUCUAAUAUUAUCCAUGGUCCUUGUUCUGUCCAACUCUAUGGUUCUGCCCUUGGCCAUGGUACCACUAGUGUGAGAUGGGGGAAAACUCUAGUUCUCAACCCACUCCAAGUGCUGUUAUUUAUUUAAAAAAAAUUUUGGUGAGGUUUUACAGGACAGAGUGCUUCUCCAUGGGACAUGUUAACUCACGGGCAGCUGGCUCAUCAAGGAACCAGAGCAGCUUUCCAUGUACAGGUAAGACACGUGCAGCCGGUAAGGGUUCAGGCUCUUCUUCCUGGAGGAUACGCUGCAAGACACAAGCAUUGUAAGUCUACUUAGAGUUGGUGGAUAAAGCAAAUACAAAGAACAGUAUUCAUUGAUCAAUGCAGACACCUUAUAUCUUUGUUUAAGCUGCUGAUCCCAAAGAGCCAGUCAUUUCCAACUUCCUACUUGAUUAUAUUCAAAGACUAAAUGAACGUUAAGCAAGCUUGCGGCCUACAAGAACUUGAACUGGGGUUAGGCGGCCACUUUCCCUGCGCUACAGAUCAUAGCGUCGACUUACGCUAGCCCCCAUCGGACCAGUGGGGGUCAUCCCUGACCCGGCUGGGCUAUGGCACAUUGAUAUUCUGAACCACAGAUCACCCCUAAAGAUUGUCGGUGGGCGAGGAGUGGCAGUGUCCUAGAUGGUGGACGACCCUGCUCAUGUUACUCAAGGCAGGAUGAGGCACUAAGCUGACCUGAAGUACUUACACAGUCAAAUAAUGGCUAAUCUGGAGGAAGCCUUUGACUGUUUUUGGGACAAAUGUUGUAGCCUGUUGAACGAGGUGACCUUGCUCGGGUCCCAGGUGUGCGGUUCCUAAAAUCGCUGCCAUAUACACGUCCACUGAUAGGAGACGCGAAAGGUAUUAAACUGAUAAGAAUAAUACUAAACACACCACUCCUAUCGGGUGGCACAUUAGAUUGCCCGCGCAGUGCCCCAAAUUUGAAGUAAGAAGACCGACCAAGCAUCUUCUUCCAUCUCCCUGUUACAAAAAUCGCUGCCAUAUCCAUAUAAGUUGUACAUGAUGUCCACGAUAGUUUUCCAGGGACAAAUGUUGAAGCCUGUUGAACGAGGUGACCUUGCUCGGCUCCCAGGUGUGCGGUUCCUAAAAUCGCUGUCAUAUACACGUCCACUGAUAGGAGACGCAACAGGUAUUAUUAAACUGAUAAGAAUAGUACACCACUCCUAUCAGUAGGUCCCCCCAUUGUGAUUUAUGCCCCCCACCCACCGCGCAGGGGUGGGGGCCGGGGGGGAGGACAGUAGGUCCCCCACCUUAUCCUUAUUUACUGAAUAUUGCUCCGGAAUAACAAUGUUUGGCAUUUAGUGAAUAUUACCCAUUCUGCUCUGUGUCAGUGUGUAUCAGGGAUCCUUAGAAUAGGUGUCAAUCCAUAUCUGCCAAGUGACCCUAUGUAGGGGGAACAGUCCCUAUUCUGCUCUGUGUCAGUGUGUAUCAGGGGCUUUGAGGACCGGUGUCAAUCCAUACCUGCCAAGUGACCAUAUGUAAGGGGAACAGUCCCUAUUCUGCUCUGUGUCCGUGUGCAUCAGGGGCUCUGAGGACAGGUGUCAAUCCAUAUGUCAAGGUGUCAAUAUGUCAUAUGUCAGGUGUCAAUCCAUAUUCAUUGGGAUUUAGGAAUGUUAGGUGAUUUCUGCCCUUUAUGUAUUAAAACCAGACUCUGCAUCAACUGUAUAAUUUUCCAUGGGAGUUUUGCCAUGGAUCCCCCUCCGGCAUGCCACAGUCCAGGUGUUAGUCCCCUUGAAACAACUUUUCCAUCACUUUUGUGGCCAGAAAUAGUCCCUGUGGGUUUUAAAAUUCGCCUGCCCAUUGAAGUCAAUGGCGGUUCGCCUGGUUCACCGGUUCGCGAACGUUUGCGGAAGUUCCCGUUCGCCGUUUGCGAACCGAAAAUUUCGGGUUUGCGACAUCACUAGUAGCAGGCACUGCAACAACACUCCAGCAUCCCAGGAGGCAACAAUGUGAGAUAAAAACUUAAUACCUGUCUCACCCAAAAGACAAUGCCAUUCCACAUGAGACAUACCAGAGAGAUGCAGACUGCAAGCUUAUUGUUACAAACAGCUUCUAUUCACUGACCUAAGUUGCAUCAUAAACCCAUUGAAGAUGAUUUUCAAGAUGUGUGCUAGCUUUGGCAAAUAAGUACAAGCAUUACACAUAUCCUCUGCAUGUUAUAAUUCCCUCUAAACUUAGCUUAUUUUGAUCUCAUUUAACAAAUAGUUGAUGUAGGGAAUUCGCUGUGACUGCUUGGCAGCUGCAACUCAGCCUCGCCAUGCCAUCAUAAUAUUGUAAGACAACAACUUGGGGUGCCAGAUACACAGCAACAAGUUUUAUUCUAACACAUGGGAAGUCCUACCACUAGUACAAAAGAAACAUUUAAAUAAAAACAGUGAUAGCAAAUAAACACCAAAAGUAAACAAAAAUCUGUCUUUUCUUAAAAUAGCUGCAGUCCACACAACAUUGCUCUGGAUGCCAAUCUAGCAAGUAGAAGUCACAAGGUAUUUGCUUCUUAGGAGAGUUCAACCUUAAAGAGUUACUCCGAACAUUAUGACCAUGGUGUUAGAAAUGAGUAUGCGCAGUGUUUCAGCUUGAAAUACUGCACUUCCAGAGAUAUUUGUAAUUGUGUACUGUGGUAGUUGCAACGCUAGCACAUGUGGCAUUGACAGCCCAGAAUCCUGUUCCAGAUGGCCUAACGUCAAUACUGAACAUAAAUUAUGUCUUUUGGCAGUGCGCACAGCACGCUGACAACUGACAUUAAAGUUUUGUAGCUCUCCCACCCUCCCUGUGGGUGCUUCAUCCCGCAUCCCUCCAUUGCUCAUUUGUUGUUGUUUUUUUUAAAAAACUCCCUGCCUCCUCCCAAUUUGCCUUCCCUCCCCAGGAGAGGGUGCAAAAGAGUAGAGCCAGGAGCUUCGCCCAGCGCUCCGCAGUGCCCAAUAGAGAAUUUUACUCUGGAAAUGCCACACUCUCAGAAGGGUUAUAGUAACCAUUUAACAAGCCUGGUUAAGAUCAUUUACAUAGAAAGAUCUUUACAGCUUCCUCUAAUUUAGAAAAUUCUCCAUUUAGAAAAUUGGGCAGACUAGAUGGGCCGAAUGGUUCUUAUCUGCCGUCACAUUCUAUGUUUCUAUGUUUCUAUGUAAUGUACGUAACAAGAUAGAGAAAAAGAACAGAUAGUGUAAUUUUGCAUAAAAUAUAUUUAUAACAAAUUUUACUAAAGUGCACUCGUGUAUUAAAAAAGUCUUUAUCAAAAAUGUAUUUUUUUGUAAUGCUAAAGGAAAUAAAGAAGAAAUAUUUGUGGCACAGAAACAAUCAUCUGUAAUUAUUAGCUAAUAUAUAUUGUUUUUAAACUAUUAUGUUUAUAAUAAUUUUUAAUCUUGCUUAUAGCGCCCACUGUUCGGCUCAUUGGAGGAUUAACUUCUCGCCAAGGGAGAGUUGAAGUUUUUUACAAUGGAGAGUGGGGCACUGUGUGUGAUGAUCAGUGGGACAUUUUAGAUGGGAGAGUUGUGUGCAAAAUGCUGGGCUUUUCAAGUGCUCUUAAAGUCCACAUGGGACAAAGCUUUGGGAGAGGUAAACCUUUAUUUUUGGUAUGUAUUUUAUUGUAACGUAUGGCAACAAGUGGUUAUAUUUAAAGCAAUUCCAUAAUGCACAGAACCCCCUUUUUUUUAGGUCCCCUCCAAAUUCUACAAGUCUUUAGAAUCCCCCUAAUGUAAUUACUUGACAAAAGAAAUGGAGCUUACUUAAGCUCCACCCUUUGUCAAGAUUUGUCAAGCGGAGGAAAUAUACAUAAGACAAAGUAGUCCCUACUUUGACAUGUUUUUAAAGAGAGAUAGAAAUAAAGAAAAGAGGAAGAGAAGAGGAAACAAUUGGAGAAAAGUAGGCCACUUUAAAGUUAAUAUAAAUAACUUUCUCUAGACUUGAUGACAUAUAUAUGUCUGAAGAAAGAGAAAUUGUAUCUGUGAAGUUAGAAAAAAUAUGUUUAAUUUUCAUAGAAGUAGUUUUUGUUCUUUUAGGGAAAAUGUCCUUUCAGCACUGGGAUAAAUUAAAUAAUGAUAAUAAUAUGAUCUUCUUAAAUCAGUAAGCCUGUAGUGUCAUUAAAGGGACAAUAAAGUCACCAGAACAAGUACAUCUUAAUUUUCAGAGAAAAGGCAGUGUUUACCUUGCUGCCUAGGGACACCUCCAGUGGCAGUCACUUGGAUCUGCACUGAGUUUUCAAUGCAUCUAUAUUAGAAGAUGUUGACUGGCCAGGGCAGCAUUUGGAUCUGCUCUCCUAUAGGAAAGUAUUGGAUUGUCUGUGAUUGUCAAUUCUGAUGAUCUCAGCCAAGGAGGUGGAUCGAUGCUGGAUAUAACAUGAGUUUUAACACUAUUUAAGGGGAUAGAGGACCUAAAUAGUGUUUCUAACACUGAAGGGUCAUGGUUACACAUUUGUACUCAUGACCCUAUAGUGUGUUCCUUUAAGCUAUUCUUUCUAUCACUUAAACCAAAAUUAGAGAAUUUAAUCAAUGCAGGAUUUUUUUUUGUCUUUUUAUUUCUUUUUGCAUUGAUUUUUUUUUUGUGAAUGUAUUUGCUUAAUUGCUUAAUUAAAGCACCACAAAGGUCACCCAGACCAAUUAAUCUAAAAGGGAAACUAUAGUCACCAGUGUAUUGCAUUUGUUCUGGCGAAAACAGUGUUGUCAGCGAAAAUGCAAUGUUUACAUUACAGCCUAGGGAUACCUUCACUGGCCACUCCUCAGAUGGCUACUGGAGGUGUUUAUGCAUGGAGACACUGAACUUUCCUCAUAGAGAUGCAUUGAUUCAAUGCAUCGCUAUGAGGGGCUGCUGAUUGACCAGGGCUGUGUUUGGGACGUGUGCUGGCUCUGCCACUGAUCUGCCUUUUUGACAUCCUUAGCCAAUCCAGUGCUUCUAUGUGAAGCCAAGCAGGCAGAUCAGAUGCAGAGCCAAGAUUUUGCCAUAUUUAGGGGGACUGACUAAUGGGGGCUGAGUGGAGGGGGCUAGAUGGUGGUUUUAACACUAUAGGGCCAGGAAUAUAUGUUUGUGUUCCUAACCCUAUAGUUUUCCUUUAAUUAAGUGAUCUGGGUGCAGUCGCCCUGUAGUUUUAACCCUGCAAUGUGAAAUAUGUGUAUAAACUGCAAUAUUUACAUUGCAGAGUUAAACAUAUUUCAAGUGGCUAUCAUCCCAUACAAGGACAGGGUAAAACCCAACUCGUGACAUUGCAGCUCAUAGAAAAGCAUUGAAUUCAAUGGUUUCCUGUGAGAAACAUUUGGAUGCACAUGUGAUGCUCUAUGAGGAGCAUUGUAUGAGUGCUAGAUGAAAUCACUGGAGGAGCAGCAGGCGUCACAAAAGAUAAGUAAAAAAAGUUUUAUUUUUUUAGGUUUUUACUCCAAAUGGGGAAGGGGGAACUAAAAGUAAUUAUGCACACAGAUGCUAUCACAUUAGGAAUACAGUUUGUUAUAGUUUUCCUUUAAGUAGAAGAGCAAUAACAUAACAGUUUAAAAAAUAACUUGGUUAAUCAUGUUUUUGGCAACUUCUAAUUUAUGUGUAUUCUCUUACAGGAACAAGUCGAAUAUGGAUGGAUGAUGUCCAGUGCACUGGGUUUGAGAGUUCAAUCCAUGGAUGUAAAUUUAAAGGAUGGGGAGUCACAAACUGCAAUCAUAAUGAAGACGCUGGGGUUACCUGUUCAUGAUUUUACCAUUUUUAAUGUUAACGUUGCUGUUAAUUAAUUAAAUUUAAUUGAACUCCAGUGUAAACCUCAUUAUUAUUAAUAUUGAUCAUAUCUUGGUAUCAUUAUUUAAUCAUUCGCAAUUAUGAAGGCAUUGAAGUAUGAUUUUCUGAAAAUGCAAGGCAAUAAUUAUUGACCUUUAGUAGGCAUUUUCUAAUUCAAUUAUUUGCAAAAAAUAUUACUUUAAAUGGACAGUGUGGGUGCAAGUUUCUUGUAAAUCAUGAUUUUUGCAAGAUACCAGAUGCAUGCUUUUACAAAAAAAGCAAAAACAUAUUAGUAACACUAUUCUAUCAUAUUUCCAGUUAAAAGUGAUGAAACACAAUAGCAAUAUGCAACUGUAUCCUGUAAAUUCUUGUAUAAUGUUUUUAUAUUGCUGAAAGUAAGUAAAAAGUACAUGAAUGCAUAAUAAAGGCAAGGUCCUCAUCAAUUCUAUUUAAAUGAAUGCAGUUUCACUGAGCAUGAAUGUGCUUGUCUCUGCUUCCUGUAAACUCUCUGCUUAUAUGGGGGUAAAGGAAUUGGCUGAGAUUAAAAACCUUGUGACUGAGAAAGUAUAAGGGCCUGAAGGUUAUCUGAAAACUGAAAGACUUUCAAAUGUGAAUUUUGUAUUAAAAAAACCUGUAUGUGCAUAAUUUCUAUAAAUAAAAAGGGCAUUAAAUCUGCUAUGGAUAUACC